UUUACCAGGCACGUUCUGUGAACUGGCAGUGGCUCUAGAUAUUUGUGACGACGAGACACUGAGCUGGACAGGCACAGUCUCCGCCCCACAGACUCACAGUCGAUGGAGAAAAAGACACAAGUAACGUGGAAGUGACCAUAAAAUUUCCUUACUUAUCAAAACAAUAUGUGAUUUAGAGCCUCUCACUUCUCCAGCACUUCCUAUAUACACGGUGAUUGCAGAGAAAAUAAACCCGGUCGUAAAUUAUGAGUUGGAGCAAAUUAAUUUUAAAAUAAAAUAGCAAUGGUCUAUCUUUGAAAUCUUUUCAAGGUUUUCAUAGGGGAAAAGAAAACGGGAGAUGGGUGUAAUAGGUUUGACUGAUGUGACCUGGGAUCUCCGAAAGGAAAAAAAACAACAACGAAGCGGCAGCCCUGGGAGCAUCAGAGACAAGGCUGGGGAGGCGGCCCCAGCUCACACUUUCCUUGAGAGCUCGAGCUGAACCCGGUGCAGUAAGGAUGCAGCUCCCCGCACCGCCACCGGGAAGUCCUCCUGGACGUCCCGAACGCCCUGGGGGCUGCGCCAGCAGGGACGCCCGGCCCUGUCCUCGGCUUCUCGAGGCACCGGCGACACACGAUCUCCCCGCUUCCCCGGGCUUCGGCCCGGUUCGGGUCCGCGCUGGGCCGGGGCUCCGCGGGCACGCGGCGGGCGGAGGGGGGACCCGCUCGGGGCCGGGUCGCAGCUCUCGGCGCGGACCCGGGGCACCACACCGGAGUCCGCGGGCGCGCAGGAGGGGAGGGGCGACCCCUGUCCCCGCCCCGGGGGCGGAGCCGAGGUCCGAGCCUGCGGAGCCUGAGGCCCGCGGAAACACGCCCGGGUCGCGCUUCCCGGCCCCCCGCCCACCCCCUUUCGGGGAGACCUCACCCCCUCCCUCCGCCCGCCGCCCUCGAGACCCAGCCUGCAGGCCUCCGGCGCUGGGGCUCCGGCGCGGGUGCAGCUACCACCUGGUUGGCAUCAGCUUCUUUAUCCUGGGGCUGGGCACUCUCCUUCCCUGGAACUUCUUCAUUACCGCCAUCCCGUACUUCCAGGGGCGGCUGGUGGGGGCCAACAGCACUGCCGCGACCCUGCGCACCAACCACACGGGCCCCGCUGAUACCUUCAACUUCAACAACUGGGUGACGCUGCUGUCCCAGCUGCCCCUGCUGCUCUUCACUCUCCUCAACUCCUUCCUGUACCAGUGUGUCCCUGACACGGUGCGGAUUCUGGGCAGCCUGCUGGUCAUCCUGCUGCUGUUUGCCCUGACGGCAGCAUUGGUCAAGGUGGACAUGAGCCCUGGGCCUUUCUUCUCCAUCACCAUGGCCUCUGUCUGGUUCAUCAACUCCUUCUGUGCAGUUCUGCAGGGCAGCCUCUUCGGACAGCUAGGCACCAUGCCUUCCACCUACAGCACCUUCUUCCUCAGUGGCCAAGGACUGGCUGGGAUCUUCGCUGCUCUUGCCAUGCUCACGUCCAUGGCCAGUGGUGUGGAUGCCCAGACCUCUGCCCUGGGGUACUUCAUCACGCCCUGCGUGGGCAUCCUCAUGUCCGUCGUGUGCUACCUGAGCCUGUUCCACCUGGAGUUUGCCCGCUACUACCUGGCCAAGAAACCAUCACAGGCGCAAGGGCAGGAGUUGGAGACCAAAGCUGAGCUCCUCCAGCCUGAUGAGAAGAAUGGGAUUCCCAACAGCCCCCAGAAGGUGGCCCUGACUCUCGAUCUUGAUACUGAGAAGGAGCCAGAGGAGCCCCAGCAGCCAAGAAAACCUUCAGUUUUCAUUGUCUUCCAAAAGAUCUGGCUGACAGCGCUGUGCCUCGUGUUGGUCUUCACCGUCACCCUGUCUGUCUUCCCUGCCAUCACAGCCAUGGUGACCAGCUCUGCCAGUCCUGGGAAGUGGAGUCAGUUCUUCAACCCCAUCUGCUGCUUCCUUCUCUUCAACAUCAUGGACUGGCUGGGACGGAGCCUGACCUCUUACUUCCUGUGGCCAGACGAGGAUAGCCGGCUGCUGCCCCUGCUGGUCUGCUUGCGUGUUCUCUUUGUGCCACUCUUCAUGCUGUGCCACGUGCCCGACAGGUCCCGGCUGCCCAUCCUCUUCCCACAGGAUGCCUACUUCAUCACUUUCAUGCUGCUGUUUGCUGUUUCCAACGGCUACCUGAUGUCCCUCACCAUGUGCCUGGCACCCAGGCAGGUGCUGCCACAUGAGAGGGAGGUGGCCGGCACCCUCAUGACCUUCUUCCUGGCCCUGGGGCUGUCCUGCGGAGCUGCCCUCUCCUUCCUUUUCAAGGCGCUGCUCUGAAGUGCUCUGUCCAGGGCUCCCCUGCUGCCCUCCUCUCUGCCCACUGUGGAGCUGGGACCCAGCACAGGGAGACUGGCCAGCCGGGCUCAAGCUGGGCUGCAGCCCCUUGGUCUGGGGCUGCCCGGAGGAGACGGGUGCUGCUUUCUGUCCCCGGCUGGCAGCCCCUCGGGUUGCUGCAGGGAAAAAUUCACUACUGGUCAUUCCCUUGCCCAGGAUCGGGGCUGACUGGUGCAAGACAGGCUGUCUAGACAUGCACAAGAGCUCAUUGGCAAGGUGCCGACUGGGGAAGAGAGGCAUGGCGCAUCCUCACCAUCAGGAGUGCAUUUGUGAAUCGCAACAAACCCACUUGCUAAUUGCCGGGGAUCCGAGAUCACCAGCGGAGCCUUGCCAAGGGCGUGGGUGGUGCAGCCCCAGCGUCAGAUUCUGAGUGGGAGUGGGCACCAGCCCAGAGCAGGAGCUCCUUCUCCCCAGGCCUCAGCAAUCCCAGGGUCAAGGCUCUCGGACCCCAGGACAGAGGAUGCCAGGGAAGUUGAGGGCAACAGGGAGAAAGAACAGUUGUUAGGGAUCUGAGAGUGCUCAAGGGACCCUCUGGGCCUCAAACAGUGUCUUUGUUGCCAACACCGCUGUCUCCAAUCCCUAGAGCCCAGCUGGGCCUGGGCCCAUGAACUGCAGGCAGCCUGCAUGUGUGCACUGCACCUCACAGUCUUCAAAGGUCUUCCACACUUGCUCUCUCACUGAAGCCGCGCUGAGGUCCUUGGAGGGAGCCAGGCAGGGAUGGGGCUUCCCUUUGUACAGGUGAAAAAACUGAGUCCCCCAGGGAAAUGACUGGUCUUUGGCAGAGCCGGGACCCCCCUCCCUGCAGGUGCUGUUCUUACCUGCUCCCUGCUUCUCUUCUCAAAGGGCUCAAGGCAGGAGCCCUAAGCCCUUCACCUCUUUUGCUGUUUCUCCCUCUGACCCUGCUCCUGGGUCUAAUAACAACUGUCUUCAUUUGUAUAA